AUGAAAGGGGCCAGGAAACAUGAUUAUGGACAGACCAAAGAUCGCCUUCCAAGUCAGGAACAUGAACCCAGAAAAAGGUUUCAUUUUGAUUCCUCUAUGGUGAGGAAAGACCAUAGAUCGGACAGAAUUACCAGAGAAUAUCAGCCCAAGGAAACAAGAUCAAGAGACGAUCACUCUGGUUCUGAAAUCUAUACAAGAACUUCAAAGCAAUGGAGCAACCAUUUGCCUCAGAUUGAGGAGAAUCACUACUCCGGAAUGGAGAGUCUUCAUAAGGAGGCUUUGAUGAGGAGGGGCUCAUCAAGAGAGAGUGGAGAAAAAGCUAACCAGCUGCAGAAUCAGCCUGGUCGAUCUCAAGAAGGAUCGGGAAACUCUAAAACCCUCUCUCGAAGGCUAGCUCUUGAACGAGUCCAACGUUAUAAUGAGGAGGUUCCUGAGGGUUCUACAAAUACAAAAUCCAACUCUAGAAGGCCGGUCCACGAGAGGCUUGAAACAACCCAACCCUCAAAAGGAGAAGGGGAAAAUGAUGGACCUCCUGAGAGGAAGAUAAACUUGAGCCUUGCGCAUGCGAGAGAGCUUCAUGAGGAGGAGAAGACAUCAGUUGACUACAUAAUAACAGAUGAUGAUGAAGCUGAGAUUGAUGAGAAUGAGUUUGGAUGGUAUGACGAGAUAGCACACAUGGUUGCAUCUAAAAUUAUUGUAGAGAUCAACAAACUGGAGCGGAAAGUUAAUGAUUUCGUUGCGGCAGUUGGAGAACUGAAAUCUGCCAUUAAUGUUAUUGAUAUAAGCAUAGGCCAAGAGUGUCUAAAGAAGGCAAUAAAUCAGUAUCUGGAGUCAAAAGUAAGGACAACAACAUAUGUAUUGCAAUCAUAUCCAAAGGCAGCUAGCCUUGUUGGUGAUUAUCAAUGUGCUAAGAGGUUACUUCAUCGGGCUAGAGAAUGUUAUCUUAUUGGAACUGGUGAAGCUACUGCGGAGUUAUAUGUUCGAAAUCUUGGAAAGUUGAAUGAGAAGUUAAAAGGAAUGACGAGUUUAAGUCUUAGAGGGGUCACUACUACAGUCAAAGACUUUGCUGAUAUUCAUGGAAGGACGAAAUGCUUGCAAGCUAAGGUUGUUGAUCUACUAAUUAGGCAUACUAGGGAGAACUUUUCCAAGUUUUCCAAGAUACAGAAGAAAGAAAGGCACCAGUUGCAAAAGCAACUUAUGCAGUAUUUUAGUGAGGAAAAUGCUGCCAAUGUUGAUGCUGGCCGUUUCUAUUUCCCUUUUAAGUUAGACAAGACAUAUUGA